GGAAAAUUCAAAGUCUGGAAUCGUGAGAAGCGCCCGGGAAAUCCGAGAGCAAAGUCGGUCCCGUGCAAGAGCUACACGAGUCGCGGAAGACCCCAAUAAAAAAAAUUGGCGUCGAUUGCGGCGUCGCCAACGAACCGGACGAAGAGUCCGACCUGCCUCCGGCCCGUCGAAAGCACCGCAGUUCCCGCCAGACUAUCGCGUCGUGCGCGUCGAUAUCAACCGCGCGCGUUCCACCACGUGACAAUUGUGCAGUGUGACGUUUUAAAAGAGGCGCUUUUUUGAAUCCUCGUCUUUUUCUUCGAUUGAUUUUUUACUCAACUUCUAUUUUCGGUCGAAGAACUUUUUCCUUCGUGAAAAUAGUUGACAGUGUGACAUUGGAUUCAAGUUUUUCCUUUCGGAAUGUCAAUCGUGCUACCGAUACCUGAAAUUCUCUGUUUUUGAAUACUGAAGAUAAGAAAUAACAGAACGUGUCAGAAAUGUGCGCGAAAAGUGGCCGCUGAUCAAUUUUUCACCGAUCGCUUCGCACAUUGGAGUUAAACGAUAAAAAUUCAAGGAAGAAAUUCGUGCAAGUGUUUCGUGCAUCCUUUCGCCGUGGACAACAGAUCAGGAUCCGUCAACCUGGAGCCCACGUGUCCGAAACGACGGAAAUGUGAGGCUGAUGGGAAGGACGCAAAGACGGAGCUGGCAGCCCAACGCAAUAUGUUCCCCAGCGCUCAAAUAAAAAUGAGAUUGCUAUCGCCAAGCAGUUCGCCAGCAACGUCGCCCACGAUGUCAAAUUCUUCGUCACCGACGCCUCCGACGCCCGCGGCACCUCCCUACAACCAAAAAAUGACGGGGAUCCCAUGCGUCGCGGCUGCCUCCAGGUACACCGCCCCCGUCCACAUCGAUGUGGGUGGAACAAUUUAUACGUCUUCCCUGGAAACCCUUACCAAGUACCCGGAGUCGAGAUUGGCGAAGCUUUUCAACGGCAGCAUACCGAUAGUCCUGGAUUCGCUGAAACAACAUUAUUUCAUAGACAGAGACGGCGGGAUGUUCAGACAUAUUUUAAACUUCAUGAGAAACUCCAGACUUCUUAUACCCGAUAAUUUUGCGGACCUUGAUUUGCUCCUCGAAGAAGCACGGUACUUUGAUAUCGCACCAAUGUGCAGACAACUCGAACAGAUGAAAAAGGAGCGUAUAAAAAACGGAGCGACGACGUCGUCGCCGAGUCCCAUGCCAACGCAGCAGCAACCAAUUAACAGUGUUAGCGGAGGUGGAGGAGGAGGAGGCGGAGGAAUCGGGGGCGGAAUAGGAGGUGGAAUUCCCACGGGAUUAUUUCGAGAUUCCGAAAAACGAAACGAUUCGUACGAAUGCGUUGCUCUUCACGUCAGCCCCGAUCUCGGCGAGCGAGUAAUGUUGUCGGGGGGUCGUGCGUUGUUGGACGAAGUGUUCCCGGAGACUACGCAAGCCGUAAUAGACGCUCGUUCCGGUGUCGCGUGGCACCAACAGGACGCUCGCCACGUGAUCAGAUUUCCCCUAAACGGCUACUGCAAGCUCAAUUCGGUGCAGGCAAUAACGAGACUUUUGAAUGCCGGUUUCCGCGUGGUGGCGAGUAACGGAGGUGGAGUCGAGGGACAACAAUUCUCCGAGUAUCUGUUCGUCCGCCAUUCGAUUAACACCUGACAAAUAUCACCUUCGGUUACACUGCAAACCCGUUCGAAAGCUGGCUCAAAUUCUCACCAGCGAUAACCGUAGGUUCAGAAAAAAAAAAGAAAAAAAAAAAAAACAGAACAGAUUUCCAAUUCUGCGUGAACCGCAGAUAUCCAGACUAUGGUGCAAAAUUUGUAUGGUUGCGGACCGGAUAUAAGAACUGCGCAUUUCCGCAACCAUAGUAUACAAGCUCUUCAACGUCGCAUAUAAUAAUUAUUCAUGCUUAAGCGCACUGUGAUUAUUAAUGUAUAUAUAUGUAUAUAUAUAUGAGUAUAUAUACUAUAUAAAUACAUGAUAUAUGAUACGGUCGGUAGUAUUUUUUUUUAUGUUAUUGUAUUUAUUUGAUAUCUUUUUUUUACUUUCUAUUAUUUAUAAUCACACGACCUUAAAAAUAUUAACGGACUGAUUACUUUGAGUAACUUAUAUUACGUAAUGUUAUAAUACUUACUUACAUUUAGGUAUAAAGUGUAUUACGAUUGGUCGAAAUUAAUGAAAAUCCAAUAAAGAAGAGAAAAAAAAAGCAACAGCGAAUUAAUUCUGUCGAGUGUUAUAUUAAAAUUUGUGUGUUUCAUUUCAUUGAUUUCUUUUUUCUCUUUUUCCAUAAAUCGGUUGAAUGGAUUCGGUAUCAUCGACGAAUAUCAUAAUCAUUAUGUUCAGUCGUGGAAAAAAACUUUCGUAAAUUCUUCAGAAACUUGUUAUUUAAAUUGAAAACGGGUACCUCACGACACUACAUAAUUAAUUAUCAACAGAAGAUUUAUUAGGAAAUUCAUUACAUAAACUGUACACAUAAAUGCUAUAAGAUUUGUUGUUGAAUUUGUUUAUAAGAUACAUAUUUAUAGAUGAAGAUCGAUUUUGCAAGUUUCAUGUCAGACUUUCAACUACUGUGUCCAAGUACUGCGAAGAUAAGAUGAAAAAAGAAUAAGAAAAUUAUUUGUAUUACGAUAGGAACGAAUGUAUAUUACGGCGAUCGAUGGCCGGUGACGAUUAUCUAUUGGUAGAAUGAAAAAUAAAGAAAAUAUAAGUAUAAGUUA